AUGCAAAGCGAAUCACCAGAAACGCCGCAACCGGCCAGAAGAGGCAGGGGAAGGCCCAGAAAAUACCCGUUACCGGAGGGAACAAAGCCCAAACCUUCUGGUCCCAAGAAAACAAACGGCUUGGAUAUCGAUAUGAACCUAGACAUGACCAUAGACGCGAGGCCGCGUCGCGCAAGGACAACUAAGAAGGUGGUCUACGAGGAAGAUACUGGCGGCAUAGAAGACGAUGGAGUUUUUAUGGAUGUGGACGAUAACUCAGCAGACGAUGCCGAAUUUGACAGCGGUAAGGACGAGUCUGAAGAUGAUCUCGUUGAAGACGACCUAGUCUCGGAAGACGACUACGCCGCACCUGCUAGGACUAGAAAGAGAACCUCUGCACCUCCUCCCAUCAGAUCGAAAUAUGAUGGGAGUGCACCUACACGAGCAGAGCUUGAGGAAGAGAUACUGAAAAUGAAAACUUGGGUACCUGUUUUUCAAACAAAGUCAGGUCCAAAUUUCAAAGCCAGGCUGCUGAGGUAUCAUGGGCUGAACACUGAUAUCAUCGCAAAGAUUGUCAAGGCCCAGAACAGGUGGAAAGUGUUUGGAACUCAUCUUUCUGACCAAUUGUGCUCGGAGGUGGAAGUCUUUCCCGAGGAAUUUGAAAUUCUUGACAUUCCCUUCGCUCUCACAAAGGGCAUCGAUGAGCAGACGUUCUAUGAAACUCUGCAUAUUGGCGGAGACUUGGGGAUAGCCUUCAAUAACGAAACAGUCCAGCAAUUGCGCAUUUUUGAGUCUAUAGAGAUACCAACAGCGGGAAUAAGGCACGGACGGAUCGUUAACUCUGGAGCCCUUCCUCUUGAGCUGUCCUGGAUGAAAAGUGGUCUACCGGAAUCUGCUUUCCAAUAUUUAUUUGUCUCCAUAAUGCCUCGCACUAAAGGAGUUGUCCACGAGGAAAUAUCUUUUUUAUCUGAUAUGGUGCAAACAUCAGGAUUACUUAUUUAUCGAGUGGGUACAUCUGAUUUCUCCACCGAGCUGGUCAAGGUGGUGACCAUCCCGUUUGGUGUUAUGAGAAACAUGAAAUGGAGUGCGGGACUCACGCAAUCGAAUACAUGUUUACUAGGAGCGUGCUUUUCUGAUGGAAGUUGCCGGAUAUUCAAUUUCGAUACGACGAUUUUUGAGGAGCCAAAACUGGCCCUUGAGCUCACCGAGGCUUCAGUCACGUUUAAACUGCCCGGGCAGAAAAUAACGUCUUUUGACUGGAUAUCAGAAUCGAGAGUGUUAGUUGGAACCUCAGAUGGCUCAAUUGCCGAGUUCUCUCUUUUUGAAGAAGCGCCAUCCUACGUAUAUCAGUUGAACCUCAACGCCAUAACUGGUGUCACUUCCAAUAUAUCUGAUUUUGUCCAUACCUCAGCAGACCGGCGCCAGAAACAGCAAGAAAUCAAGUGCAAUGUUGUUUUCCUCACUACAUUGGAUUUUGUCAAUGUGGUGCUCAAUCUGAAUUCUCUCACAUACGAAGAAGUGGGAAUUGCGCCAAAGAUACUGUCCCGACAGGUGACAUACUCUCCUCUCAUUGACAUGUUCGUAUACGAAGAUGGUUCAUACACGGUAAAGGCUGUUCCCAAGAAGCUUCCUUCUCUCUCUUACCCCUUGGUGGGCCAUGAUUCUGUUGCUUCGGCGGUAGCAUCUUCUAUACUGCACCCAUUAUUGCUGACUUCUUCAUCAGAUGGCACGCUCAUGAUCUUCAACCCCACCCCAAAACUCUCAGCCCCUGCUAAAUCCUCCGCUGUGUCAGUAUGCGCACAGAUACUCAAGCUGGACUACAACGAUUCCUUGAAGGCUUUCCGAAUCUCAACAGCGCAGGAGUUGAUUGCAGCAAAAAAGGAGAAUGCCAGGUUCUAUGUAGAGCUUUUCCCCGCUGGUGUGAAUUUGCACUGUAUUGCAUGGAACCAAAACCCGACUGCCGGAUCUUGGUAUGCUGCGUGCUCCUCAUCGGGACUGUUGGUGAUCGAAAAGAUCGCAAGCGCUGAGAUCCAGUCUGUAUAA